AUGCCUCGAUUGACCGCCAAGCUCUUGCACCGCCGGAAACGACCUACCCCGGAAGAUAAGGACGCUGCAUCUGGAAUCUCUGAGGCUAGAUACGAUCUGAUCGUAGAAAGCAAGAACCCUACGACCAGUCAGGCACAGGUUUCAGCAGUUGCAAACUCGGAUUCCCAGGGUGACAUAAAGAAAACGAAAACCUUGAACUUCUGGCAAGAAGCAUAUGAGGAGAUUCUAGGGGAUGAGGACGAACAAAUAAAGAAAAUACUGGCCGCAUACGAUGUCCUCCUGGAGCGCGCUGCGAGGACAGACGGCAGAACAACUAGCGGCAACGCCUCACAUCUAAUGGACACGCAGAACCGAUGCACCGAUGUUGGCUUCAGCAGGGAUAGUUCGUCAGCCGAAGUAGACAUUGCAGAGUCCUCGAGCUCCGAACUUUCCGAUUUGGAUAUCCACCAAAUACCAUCAACGCGGCGCAUGGUGGUGGGAGAUGAUGCCAAAAUGAGGGCCGUGGUGAAAAUAAAACUUGAGGAGAUGCAGCAAAAGGAAUGGGUAUUGAAGUGGCAUGGCCAUGUUUUCAAGGUGCGAGAGGAAGUCACCCGAGUCGUGGGGAUAGUGCAGGAACUUUCUGGGUUUGCAAGCCAGACUGCUGUUCUGAACCCUUACUCAGGUCUAGCGUGGGCAGGUAUAUGUGUUCUCUUACCGAUCAUUACUAACGAUACGGACGAACGACAAAUUGCGAUUGAUGGAGUUAGCAAGGCAACAGAACUCGUUGCACGAUACAGAACCGUGGAGGAAGACUACAGUGAUGGUAGGCAUGGAAAGCAUGAGGACUUUGAGAAGGUCCUUGUAGCCAUGUACAGAAUGAUCACGUUGUUCUGUAUCAAGGCUGCCUGCUACUUUGCUAGGCCAACACUGAAGCGCACGCUUAGGGGUAUUGUUGUCUUGGACGAUUGGAAGUCAACUCUUGCAAGCCUCACUAAAGCAGAUGAGGAAAUCGAGACCAGCAAUCAAAUCGACAGAAUCAAGGCAUGGCUUCUCUCUGACGUCGACGUCGAUAAGCAGCAUCUAGACAAGCAAGACAAACUGGGCUCUGAGUUCAGAAACAGUGGUAGAUGGUUUUUGGACUCGUCUGAAUUCAAGAAAUGGGAAGGCAGCACCUCGUCACACUUAUGGAUCAGUGGAACCGUUGGUACUGGCAAAACGUCCCUCGUGUCCAUUGUGGUAAAUUCUCUGCGAUCGCUUAGCACAGAGAACCUCGCCUUUUUCUAUUACUCGGUCGAUACUAGUAAGACAUUGCAGACACCGAAUACCGUUUCCCGACUUGAACAAAUACUUCGUGGCCUUGUGGGACAGCUAGCAAUGUCGUCGGAUAGAACAAGAGUCACCGAAGAAGUUCAGAUUGCUUUUGGGAAGGCGUUGAAACACGGCACUCUGCAGCCUGCGCCCCUGGGCUGGGAAGGGGCCAAGAGCCUCCUUAUCGAGAUCAUCGCCAAUCGCCGCAAUAGUACCAUCAUAAUCGAUGGGAUUGAUGAGUUCCCUGAGUUCACAAACCUGCUGAAAGAGCUCAAGGCCAUACAUGACGCAGUCAAGCCAGGACAGCUGCGGCUACUGCUUGCCAGUCAGACAGUGGUGCCGGUUAGUGAAUACUUUCCAUUCACCAUUCUGAUGGUUGCUGGUGGAGAGAAAAGCAAGCCAGAUGUGGACGCUUUCAUUCGGAGGAGAGUAGAGCUCUUCGGAAGCGAACAUCCAAGGGCUUUGACUCAAGCGGUAGCGGACGAUAUGGUGGAGACCCUUUCCGAGAACGCUGAGGGAAUGACAACUGGGAGUCUGUCAAGCGACAACACUUUCGCGGCCUGCUCGUCGGGCUCGUGGCCAGAAUAUUUAGCCCUGCACCCUGAGGGCAGUGCAUCAAGUGGACCAGUUUCCAAGAUUUGCCAGAACUUUCUUCACACUUCCGAGAAUGGAAUUAUCGCUGCCUCACAUUCCUCUGUCUGGGAUUACGUGAGUCUUAAAAUGACGGCGAAAGUGGCAGACUUUAUCGAAUGCGCAGAAGGAGACGAGGAACAAGAACAAAGAUCUGCAAGUAUCCUCCAGGAAGCGAAAAAGACAACGGCUUUACUUGCAAACAAACGAAUCGCCCAGGACUGUCUCUCGAUGAUUGUAGAUUCUCAUGACUCGGCAUUCUUAGCUGAUGCGCAAAUGCAGACGCCACUGUUAUGGUAUGCAUGUCGUAACUGGUAUAAACAUGUUGAUGCGAUCACAGAAGAUGGAAUGGUCUCGGCCGAACUCCAAAAUCAGGUCACAGCAAUGUUUGACUCUCGAUGUAUCAAGCAUUGGGUUUCGGCCUACGACUCCCACGUUUCCGACUGCACAGCCGCACCAGAUCCCUUAUACUAUGCCACACUCUUGGGCUAUACCAGCAUUGUCAAGCUUCUCCUAGGGUCUGGAGUAGGUCCUGGGACUGGAGGUCAUCUUGGGCAGACCCUGCAGCUGGCUGCCUUUCAAGGCAAGACCGCCAUCGUUCGCGAACUGCUCGGGAAAGGGUUCAACAUUGACCAGCCAGAUGAAGUUUUGGGAACGCCACUUCAGGCGGCGAUUGCCGGCGGUCGGCGCGAACUUGUCAAUAUUCUCUUGGAUGAUUAUAGCGCUAAUGUCGACGCGUCUGGCGUGUCCUUCGGUAAUGCUCUUCAGAUGGCCCUAGCAAUGCAAGAUCAAGAACUUGUGGCUUCUCUCCGCGCUCAUGGCGCUGGGCAUAAGGAAACAACUCCUCGCGACAGGAUCUGGGAUAAUGCUUGGCGCACGGCUCGAGGAGCCAGGUUCAAUGCUGAUGAAACCAUCAAUGUACUGCGAAAUACUUUCUUAAUAACUCCUGAGCUACCCGAUGGGGUUGAUCGGCGACUGAAACUUUUGGCUAUUUGUAUUCAUCAUCGCCGAGAAAUCAUUCGGCACCAAAAACUUGCAGAUUACUCGGAGCAUGUUUGGCGAUCCAAAGAGGAACUGAGAGUCAAGAUCGAAAAAGAGGGAACCUAG